UUGUCCACCAGUGUGUACGGGUUGGUGGGCAGUGAUUGGUCAAGUUGGUGAUUGGCGACGGUGGUGGGGAACGAUCACGUCACGAAGCGAGGCCGAGAAGCGACGAGGCGCAUGUAUCAAUGCGCAAUCGCAUCGGACAGUUCAGAGAGUCGGGGUGGUCCGUGGUAAGGAAUAAACAGAGUGAAGAGACCGCGCGAGAGACGAAGAGUGGGGAAAGAGAGAGAUAGAAAACGAACAGGCAGUGAGACGAUCACGAUGCACGGAGGCGAGCACAAGCGGCCAGGGGCACAGGGCUGAGGGCUGAGGGCUCGACAGGGCCUAGAAUAACGUUCACGGGACGGCCGCGAGCCAUCCAGCAGCAAUGGAACAAACGAAAACUCCCGCGUCCCGGCUACUCAGCACGAGUUGCAUAGAGAAUAAGGACGACUUGGAAGAGAAAUUUGACAGAUGUUAUACAGUGCUUCAAAACCUGACUGCAGGCCUGUCAGAGAAGGAAGCCCACGAUACUCUGAACAAUGCUGUGUGUAAAGAUAAAACACACGAAGAAGUGUCACUGGGAUUGUUAGUAGUUAUUCUGACAGAUCCUCAAAGUGCUGCAAAAAGUUAUAGAGACUUGACUUUAAUUACACGCGAUGGUCUUGCAAUUGUGUUAGGACAUCUUAAUCAAUUAGUGCUCGAAAGAUACCUGCGAUUGAACGAUGUAACCAGAAGUCAGUUACUAUGGUUACUGAGAGAAAUGAUAAGAACCAGUGUAGCUAGUGUGGAUAACCUUUGUUUAAGUUUGUUAAGGCAUGCGGCUGGUGGAGAUAUUUCACCAAGAAAUUUGUUUUUAGUAGAUGCACUUUUAGACAUAUUUCAAGAAAACCGAUCUUGGUUGGAUAAGUUUCCUUUUUUAGUAGCCUCUAUUGUUUACACCUAUUUGCGAUUAAUAGAAGAUCAUAAUGCACCUCACCUAUCUGGAUUGCGUCAAAAAGAAGUUACCUUCACUGUAUCUCUAAUAAGAGAACGUAUGGUUGACUGUCUAGUUAUUGGAAGGGAUUUGGUACGUUUAUUACAAAAUGUGGCAAGAAUUUCAGAAUUUGAAACACUUUGGAAGGAUAUGCUUCUUAGCCCAAAAUCUCUUUGUCCGAAUUUUAAUGGAGUUCUUCAACUUUUACAAACUCGAACUUCUAGAAGGUUUCUACAAUCAAGACUUACACCAGAUAUGGAAAGGAAACUAGUAUUCUUAACGAGUCAAGUGCGUUUUGGUAACCAUAAACGGUACCAAGAUUGGUUCCAAAGACAGUACCUGGCCACACCUGAGUCACAGUCAUUAAGAUGCGAUCUUAUACGAUUUAUUGUUGGUGUUAUUCAUCCGACGAACGAGUUGUUGUGUUCAGAUAUUAUUCCGCGUUGGGCAGUAAUAGGAUGGUUAUUUACUACUUGCACAUCAACUGUGGCUGCAAGUAAUGCCAAAUUGGCUUUAUUUUAUGAUUGGUUAUUUUUUGAACCAGAGAAAGAUAAUAUUAUGAAUAUCGAACCUGCAAUUCUUGUCAUGCACAAUUCUAUGAGGUCUCAUCCACCAGUCACUGCCACAUUAUUAGACUUUUUAUGCAGGAUAAUACCAAACUUCUAUCCUCCUUUAACAGAAAAAGUGAGGAAUGGAAUUUUUUCAUCAUUAAGACAAAUUUUGGAAAAACGAGUAUUGCCGAGUCUUUAUCCACUAUUUGACAGUCCCAAGUUAGAUCGCGAACUAAGGAGUAAAAUAAGGGAGACAUUUAAGGAAUUCUGCUUGCCACCUAAUACAGAUCCCGGAAAUAAGGUUCCGAUAUAUUCAGGUAAAAUGGAGGAACUUAGUAAGGACCUAACACCAGGAGCCCCAUUGGAGAAUACAGGAAACACAACAGUUGAAAAUAAUCAUGUAAAUCAAGAUCCGGAACCGGCUUUCAGCGACGAAGAGGAGGAAAUGCCGUUAAGGAUAGUGACUAAAGUUGAAGAAGAUGAUGAAGACGACGUUCCAUUAGCAAAUGUGAAAUUAAAAAACGAACAAAAAAAUGCGAAUUGUGUUGUGAAGAAAGAAGAUAUUACGACUCAGUUAAACAUAAUUUUAGAACCAGAAGAAUUAAGGACUGCUGUAGAAAGCUUGCAUAGUGAAACUGACAAUGAAGUGAGGUGUCAAACAAUGGAAAGGAUAGUACAAAUGGUUGUAGAAGAUGAAAUAGAUGCGGAAACGAUACCAUCAUUGGCUUCUUGUAUAUCAACGAUCUUAUCGUCACAAAUUACAUCUCAAAUAUUUCCAACGGAUAAUUUGAACGAAGAAGCCUUGACUGAUAGUAUAAGCACGCCGUUAUUUGUUAUGUUUCGUAACCAGUUUCAGUUAUGUAAAGAAGAAGACAAUAGGCGGAAAUUGCUAGCUCGAGUACUUGCAGAGAUACAAACUAUACAAUCAAGAAUAGGUUACCUACUGCUUUACUUCUUAAAAGUCUGGGGCAAAGAAGAAGAAAAGCGAGAAGGUGAACCAAGGUUCGUAACGGAAUACAAGUUAUACAAAUGUAAGAAACGAUCGUGUUUCAUAUUAAAUUAUUCUUGUUGUUUUAGCAAUGUAUUAAACGACGUUAAAGCGUCGGUUUAUAAAGACUUUUGCACACAUCGAGAAAAGAAAUUGGAUGCGUGCUUAGUGUCAGAUCUAAAGCUCUGCCAUGAAGACAACAUAUUCAUGCUGUGUUAUCUUGUGCCUGAUGUAUAUACGGGUUUCCAAAAUGUUGCUCUUGGGAAUGUUCAACUCUUGCAUUUGGUUGUAUCGACAGUUGACGCAUGCCAACUACAGGAAUUAGUCUGUCAAAUAAUGCAGGGACACCUAAAAAUGUUAAAAAAGGAAUCAUUUACAUCACUAUUGACAGCUAGUUUAAAUUGGGAAACCUUCGAGCAAUAUUGUUUUUGGCAACUUAUUUUUGCCCACGAUUUCCCGAUCGACUACGUACUGCCUGUUUUAACUAAAUUACAAUUUCGUGAUCACGCGGAAGCACUCACGUCGAUAUUGUUUAUGCUUAAACAAGAAAAGCCAACGUUAGAACUUCUGCGACAAUUGCUUGCACGACAAAAUGUGGACGGAGAUAUGUUCGUUGUAGCGACACUACGUUACUGGUGUCGCGAUUACGAAGAGAAACUUGGAGAGCUGCUUGCGAAUCUUUUGAGUACCCGUUAUCCCGCUACCAGUCCAAACAAACGGAAACGAUCUGGCGGCAAGCACAAUCAACAACCUGGUCCACCUUCCGGCGAACAAGUUCUCGGCCAUUUGGAUCAAUUGCGACAACAUUGUACGUCCUCUGCCGAAUUACAGCUUUACCAUUCCGAGGGAAUGCAACGAGCUUUGCAACAAGCACAAGCAGCUAGUAGUGAUUCUUUAAGGAAAAGUUACGGAGAUCUGUUUGCCCUCGCGGAAGUUAACGAAGAAAACGAACCUCCUCCACCUCCACCAACGAGCUCAGCACGAAAACAUGCGGCGGCAUCGGCUGGAGGCGGCGGUGGUGCGAAAGGACAUAGGAAAACUGGUGCUAAUACAAGGGAAAGGUCUAGUUCUAAAAGGCCGCUACCUCGGUAUCAUCUUGACAGUACAUCUAGCAGCGAGGAAGAGGAAAUUGUGAAUUUAAAGCAAGCAAAAAAGAGAAAAAAGAUUAAUGCUGUGGGCUCUGACAGCGACUGACCACCCAGUGUCUUCAAAUGUCACAUGGACCACGUCACGUGUGUGCAGCAAGCUAAACUAGCCUUAAGAAUAGUAAGAUAAUAUAGUAUAUAUAAUAGAUUUAUUUAGCGCGACUUGUAAAUAUAGUGUAUGUCGAGAGAAAAUGCGAAACCGUAUCGAUAACAAGGAUCUUGCACAUAUUUCGCAGCCACAGUAUAUUAACAACGUUGCCAGACUCUAUUUCCAUUAAUUUUGUUAUUUGUGUCGAGCGCAUUCUAACGCGAAACAGAUUUAGAAUGCAUGUGAUAUUUAACGAGAAGAAAAUUUAUAAAUGCUGGUUAUAGCUUUUCUAGGUAAAUGCAUGUGACAGAUCAGCUUGUGACAAAUCGACUCUGUUUCGAAGUUGCGAAGCUAUCAUGUAUCUGUCAGAUAAAGUUACCAAGAGGCAAAACUAGUCACGAAUUAAAUUAUUUUGAUAUACUCUUAAAUGUAUGAAUGCAUAAAUUUAAGAUUUAAAAAAUUGAAUCUGGCAACAUUGUGAAGGGUGAAGCGAUACACGACGAAAAUUCUUUACGUGAUCACUUUGUUUCUAGAAAAGGAAAAUAUCAGUCGUCCACACGCAACCUUGCGGUAGGCGUCAAAGAUUGCAAGCACGAUUGUGCUUAAUUUUAUUAUUAAUUUUGCGAUUAGUAUGGUAUUAAAAGAUCGUAUUGGCGAAAUUUAUUUCAUUUUGUUCUGUUCAUUGUACGAUAAUUAUUAAUAAGACUCUCGCGUCUCACACAAUAGCUAACGAGGGGGAAAAUGGUUACGUUUGUUGCCAUAAACUGUGAACGCAAUUUGUACGAAUCGUUGAUAGCUUUUUAUUAGGAUUAAGGACCUUCUGCGGGAGAUCAAGGAUGUAUCAAGAACGCCCUUGCUCCAGCAAGAAGCGUACAGUUUUAUGACCAAAUGUAUUUUACGUCUGCGCUUAGUAAAGCAUAAUCAUUCUCAAGACGCAAGAACUUUUAUAUUUUGCACGAUGGAAGGUUGUCUGUUUUUCUAAGAAUCGUUUUGUUCAAAGUAGCGAAUCUUUUUACAUUGCUAUGAAUCGUUUUACGCGAACGAACGAAUUACCUGACGUUAGCUGAAAAAGUGCGAUUAUUCCUCUUUUUAAUCGUAGUGUUUACGAUGUAUUUACAUUCACAGAGAGAAAGAGAGAGAGAGAGAGACAUGUACAUCCUGGUAUCCUGACGCGCAAUUAUAUCCGAGUCUUUAAAGUGAUUUACAAUUUAUAAAGAGUUUUCCCUAGUAUUUUUUGUAAAUCGAAUUUAAUGUUAAUUAUCAUUUAGUAUUGUUACCUAGAUUAUUGUCGCGUUACUCCCACGAUUCGUUGAUUUGACAUCAUUUAAGACACCUUCCAUAAGUAUAGAACCAGGCGUCAUGUACACUUAAGUCCUAGAAAACGUAAGGGUGAAGUGUCGUUUACCUCUGUACAUUUCCUGUAAAAUCGGUUACUUGUACACGUAAGUAGCUGCGUUAUGUAUUUUCUAGUUUGUACAUACCAGAAAGAACGGAAACGUACGUAUGUGUAUGAUGUAUGGAUGUGAACGUGUGCGGAGACAUUUUCGACAUUGAAGAGAUUUUUUUUCACAAAGAGUGUAUCUCUGCACGAGUCUAAUUUCAUCGAGUAUCCGUAAGCAAUUGCGACAAAAAUAAGAAAAAGAAGGUGAAAUCUGGCGUAUCAGUUAGUAAGAAUGUUUUUUCAGUUACGGGCAUAGUGUAUGCACGUAACCAGCCAUUUGUAUUUGUGUAUGUAUAAGGUAUGACAGUCGAUAUUGUUAUUAGGUCUUUUCUACUUGUACAUAAACUGCGGCGUUAUGUGAAAAAUAUUUAAAAUGUGGCGGAUGAUUAAACACGUGAAAUUAUUGUACGAUAAAAACAAAAAUGAGUGAUAGAGUGUGUGUGUGUGUAUAUGAGAAAGGGAACGAGAGAAAGAUGUUGAAAACACAGAUGGACAAAAGCGAAACUAACGAUGCGCGGGGCAAUACGAAAAAAUAGACCUGUAAACAUUUAAUGUUUUUAAUGAUCUUGUACACACAAAUACACAUGUAAAUACAUGAAUAUAUUAUCGUAACGCGAGCAUAAACAUUUAAUGUUUUUAACGAUCUUGUACACACAGAAUACACGUAAAUGUAAAUACAUCGAAAAAUGACCGGAAGUAAACACGUGAUUCCUGUUCGUUUCCUCUUUUA